AUGUUUCUCUUGCGUGUGUUUCUGCCAAUAUUGGUUGGCUAUUUGUAUUUGGUGGUUGGCCAGGAUGUGAUUCCCGACGAUCCGGAGUUGCAACGAGAGAGACAUGCAAACUUUCUGGUCGUUCGAACAUCCUGUGCAGAAGAAUUUCUGGUUCCCUAUGCCUAUGCCUUUCAAUUUAAUAAUACGGAUGCUGUCCUUGAUGAUAAGGAUCUAACCAGCAUGUGCUAUUUUCGAUGCUUCUUUGAAAGAUCUGGUCUGAUGGAGAACUUUAAAUUUAAUGUUGAUUUGGUAAGGAAAUAUUUAUGGCCAGCUACAGGAGAUUCCAUUGAAUAUUGCGAGGGUUUGGCUAAGGAUGAAGAAAAUCCAUGUAGAAGGACCUAUACCAUAGCCAAAUGCGCUAUGUUACGUGCCGCAACCGAUGCCAGGAACAAGCCCAUGGUCUAAGAAUCGAAAAAUUCUUUCGAGGACAAUUAUAUGUAUUAGUACUUUUGUAGUAGAAACUUAUAAAUAUUUGCACAAUACAAUUUAAUAUCUAAAGCAUAA